GUAAAUUUUACAGCAACGCAGUCGUAGUUAGAGUCAAAUUCAUUAUGUCUUGCCAGUAAGGCUUUUUUGGGUCGCUGCGUGGAAGCUGGAAAGGCGUCAUGACUGCCCCACCAUGUGGUUCGGUCUCCAUUUAUCUGCAUUGCACAUUGAUAGAACACCCUUACGCCAUAUACCUGUCGCAUACAACCUCAGCGAUUAUAUUAUCGAUAUAGGCAAUGGUGUCUCACUCACACGACGGCCACAGCCAUUCUCACGAAGGAGUAGAGCACGGCCACACUCAUGAGAUCCUCGAUGGCCCGGGAUCGUUUCUUGGGCGAGAGAUGCCUAUCGUCGAAGGACGUAAUUUUAGCGAGCGGGCUUUUACAGUUGGAAUUGGCGGGCCUGUAGGCUCGGGCAAGACAGCGCUGAUGCUUGCUCUUUGUCAAGCUCUUCGAGAUGAAUAUGCCAUAGCCGCGGUAACGAACGACAUCUUCACGCGAGAAGACUGCGAAUUCCUCAUUCGACAUUCUGCUCUGCCUGCUGAACGUAUCAGGGCAAUCGAAACUGGCGGUUGCCCUCAUGCUGCAGUUCGAGAAGACAUAUCCGCCAACCUUGCGGCGUUGGAAGAUCUACAUAGAGAGUUCAAGACGCAGAUUUUACUCAUCGAGUCUGGGGGCGAUAAUCUUGCCGCAAACUACUCAAGAGAGCUUGCAGAUUUCAUUAUCUAUGUGAUCGACGUGAGCGGCGGCGACAAGAUCCCGAGAAAGGGAGGGCCAGGUAUAACUCAAAGCGACUUGCUCGUUGUUAACAAGACAGACCUCGCAGAAAUUGUGGGGGCUGAUUUAGAGGUGAUGGAAAGGGAUGCACGGAAGAUGAGAGAGGGAGGACCGACAAUUUUUGCUCAGGUAAAGAACGGAGUAGCUGUCAAGGACAUUGUUGGCCUGAUUCUGAGUGCCUGGAAAGCGAGCGGGGCGGCAGCUACGUCGACGUCUAAAUGAGCACGUCUGACACGACAAUACGUAAGUGGGUGGUGCGAGGAUAGUAGUAGAUCUCACUGUUAGAUGAAACGAUUGUGCAUGACAAGAGGCAAAGGUACGACGACGACCUUUAAAGCAGACAUUCAAUUGUUUGACCACGGCACAUUGAGCGCAGGCCGCCUUGUAGUUUCGUCAGGGUAUAUAGCCAAAGACUGUUCAGAGAACUGCAUAAAAUGGGGAUCUCAGAAGCAAAUCCAGGUUGACCUACCUCUCUCUCU